AUGACGUCAGAGCGAAGUCAGAAGCGUAGCUGGGGUUCGGUGGCGCGUGACGGACAGUGCACCCACCCCAACCUGCCGUCUAUUGCCCCCCUACAGCACCCCAUCCUGCCCUCUAUUGCCCCCCUACAACACCCCAUCCUGCCCUCUAUUGCCCCCCUACAGCACCCCAACCUGGGGUCUAUUGCCCCCCUACAGCACCCCAUCCUGCCCUCUAUUGCCCCCCUACAACACCCCAACCUGGGGUCUAUUGCCCCCCUACAGCACCCCAUCCUGCCCUCUAUUGCCCCCCUACAACACCCCAACCUGCCCUCUAUUGCCCCCCUACAACACCCCAACCUGCCCUCUAUUGCCCCCCUACAGCACCCCACCCUGCCCUCUAUUGCCCCCCUACAACACCCCAACCUGCCCUCUAUUGCCCCCCUACAACACCCCAACCUGCCCUCUAUUGCCCCCCUACAACACCCCAUCCUGCCCUCUACUGCCCCCCUACAACACCCCAACCUGCCCUCUAUUGCCCCCCUACAGCACCCCAACCUGGGGUCUAUUGCCCCCCUACAGCACCCCAACCUGCUCUCUAUUGCCCCCCUACAGCACCCCAUCCUGCCCUCUAUUGCCCCCCUACAACACCCCAUCCUGCCCUCUAUUGCCCCCCUACAACACCCCAACCUGCCCUCUAUUGCCCCCCUACAGCACCCCAUCCUGCCCUCUACUGCCCCCCUACAACACCCCAACCUGCCCUCUAUUGUCCCCCUACAACACCCCAACCUGCCCUCUAUUGCCCCCCUACAGCACCCCAUCCUGCCCUCUAUUGUCCCCCUACAACACCCCAACCUGCCCUCUUUUGCCCCCCUACAGUACCUCUGA